ACACUCCGACUGCCUCAAGUCAAAACAAAAUAUCGCAUCACUACAGUAAAAAGAAAAAGAAAAAGAAAAAAGUGAGGACACGGGUCCGUCUCUGCUCUUCUCGCCUUAUUUAUGGCCCAUGGGUAACUACAAAACCAGCAUGCCCAUGUUUUAGUUUCUCUCUUCUUCCAACCUCUUUGAAUGACUCGAUUACGUCUACGCAUGGCCGCUGCUUUCAACUUAUUGGUGGUGGCCCUCACUCUCGCCGGUGCCGGGGUCUCCGCCGAGACCCACCACGUCGUCGGCGGGGACGGCGGCUGGGGACCUGAUUUCAACGCCACCGCUUGGUUGUUCGGCCGCCUCUUCACCGUUGGUGACAAAUUACGGUUCGAGUAUGCAGGAGGCGAUGAGAAGAUCGUGGAGGUGGGCGGCGCCAAGGAAUUCGAGACAUGCAACCUGACGAACCCGAUCAGGAUGCUGACGGAUCCCGUGAGCCACGUGGCACUUGAGGAGGAGGGUGUCCGCUACUUCACGAGCGCAGACCCCGAGAGCUGCCGCAAGGGCCUCAAGCUGCCCGUCACCGUCACCGUCACCGCCCACGACUUCGACCCCUCCCCUCCUUACGACCCCUACUACCCCGACGUUCCUUCUCCUCCCUACCACCCCGACCUCCCUUCUCCUCCAUACGAACCUUAUGAGGUGCCGCCGCCUCCCCACAAGCCUCAUCCGUCGCUGUCGGCGCCCGCCCGUCUCAACGGCGGCUUGUGUUUGCUGUUGGCUGCUGCCGUGUGGGUUUACUGCGUAGCCACGUUUUAGCUUGGCUGAAUUAGUGGAAUUAAUAAUAUAAUAUUGUGACAUUAAUUAGUAGGGCGGUGGGUUUGUGUCCUCAACCUCAUCUGCUACUUUGCUGUUUUGUGUUUUAGGACUUAUCUUCACUUUGUUAGCACUUUGAAUUUUGUGCUUUAAUUAUUGCUUACUACUUUUGCUUGUUUCAAUUUCAA